AUCGACAAAGUUGUCUGAGGUAGCCACGGUUCUUGCCGGAAAUUGCCCUGGAAAGUUGAAUGAAGAAAACAUCGCCUGUGCAAAUCAGCCCACUUGUGAGCAUUUUUACACCCUCUAAACGUCGUUAUUUUAAUCUUGUUUCUAAACAAAAUUUGUAUCCUUAUGUCUUACGAAUCCGUAGCUUCAAACGGUCCGCGAUUUCGUUGAGUAACGAAGGAGAUAUGACCCAAAAACCGGUGCUGGUACAGUAGUGACGGGAAGUGACGAGUUUUGUGAUUUCGCUCCCGUUCGUUCGUUGAGCUUCAUCUCGUCGAUUUCCAGGUAUGAGAGAAAAUAAAUAUGGAGCCUAUUCUGGAGAUUACUGAGAUGGAGCACACGACGACACCGGCGGCGUGGCAAAGACGAUGGAAGGCGAUGGGCGGCUCAGCAGCAGCGGCGGCAGAGGGCUCUCCCUCCCCCUCUCAAUUUCCGAAGUUGACCUCAGCCAGCGGCGACGACGAACCAGCGGCCCCCGGCGAAUCCUUGUCCGGCGAGCAACAGAGAUGGCGUAACAGACCCGGCGCUGCUACUCCUGAUAUCGAACAUGGGAUAAUGGUCUUGAAAGAUCCAUUCUCGUCUGAAAAGGUUGUUGAAUCCCGCUUUAUAAACUGGCCUUGUGGUCGCACUCAAGAGGAUAUCCACCAUGUUGCGGCCACGGGUGGGUACAUUCAUUAUCUGCUUUUGGCCUCCAAAGAGGCCCUUCAGCUUUGGAGGCUCAGUGAUUAUGCUCGGGGUGAUUGGACGUUGGUGCAGAAGCUACAUCUUAACGACAAUGGGCUUUUGCGCGUGGUUAAUUUUACGCAUUUUAUCUACUUGCAUCCAUUCAAGCCCGAAGUAGCAAUUUUUGUGACGACGAGGCGCAUAUUUUUGGUGAAUAUUGAAGAGAAGAAAAUUCUGGAACAAGGGCAGUACUCUAUGUCCUCCCUAAUGUUGGAGUAUCCACUGGUCAUCCCGUGAUGGCCGACAUCAUUUUUGAGGAGGGAAAGGGAGAGGGUCCAUGAAAUGACAGGGAAUGAAGAGGGUCAGAAUGU